UAUUUUCAGGAGAGCUGCAGCUUAGAGGUGGAUAAAGUUCGUCUCCACGUUGGAAGUGAUAGAAAGUAUUAGCCGUAACCAGGCCGUGUUUCCAGUUUUUGGGAAGGAGGAUAUAUCAGAGAAGGUAUCUGAAUUUUUAAAACACUGACGCUCGGCGGCGGAGGAACGGGUUUCUUUUGUUGGUGACCGCGCGGCUCACAAAAGAAAAGUUUUCCCAGGACGCGAAGUUGUCAAGAUAAAAAAAACCUCCCUCAGGGCGAUCGAAACUUUAUGUCCAAGAAAAUGGAAGCGACAUUCUACGACGAAGCGGUGAACGCGUCCAACUCUCAGCAUGACGGGACGGCGGUGUAUGGGUUCAACCCCAAAACCCUCAAACAAACCAUGACACUGAACCUGAACGACCCGAAAAACUUCAAACCACAGCUGGGCGCUAAGGCCCUGGACAUCCUGACGUCCCCCGAUGUCGGGUUACUGAAGCUGGCCUCGCCUGAACUGGAGAGGUUAAUCAUCCAGUCCUGCACCGGGCUGACGACUCCCACCCCGACCCAGUUCGUCUGUCCCAAGAACAUCACCGACGAGCAGGAGUGCUUCGCCGAAGGCUUUGCGAGGGCACUAGCUGACCUCCACUACCAGCAGCAGACACCCGCCGCCCACGCCGACGCGCAGACCGACGCGCCCAGCGGCAUGGCAGCCGGGUCUUCUGCGCCCGAGAGCGGCGGGAUUCCCUACAGCUGCACUGUGCGCACGGAGCCGCCGGAGUACACAAACUUGAGCACCUUCAGCCGGGCCCUGGGCUCUGCGUCUGCACCUGCCAACGAGAGGCACCCCCCUGGCAGCUAUCCAGUCGCCACACAGCCGUCCCACAACCACAUGGACCACCAGCUGGCGGCUCGGCACCAGCGGCUACACGCGCUCAAAGAGGAGCCGCAGACGGUGCCGGAAAUGUCCGGCGACACCCCUCCGCUGUCCCCCAUCGACAUGGAGAGCCAGGAGCGCAUCAAAGCAGAGAGGAAGCGCAUGAGGAACAGGGUCGCCGCGUCUAAAUGCCGGAAAAGAAAGCUGGAGAGAAUCUCCCGGCUGGAGGACAGGGUCAAAAACCUGAAGAGCCAAAACACGGAGUUGGUUUCCUCUGCCAACGUCCUACGGGACGAGCUGGCUCUGCUUAAGCAAAAGGUCAUGGAUCACGUUAACAGCGGCUGCCGGCUCAUUUUAACGCAGCAGCUUCAAGCUUUCUAGACUGUCAAGGGGUGAAAAAGAACCGAGGGACAUUGCUUAUAAGGACCAAAUGUAGCUUAAAGUGGCCGAUUCAGUCUUUCAGGGAACUCCCUGCGUCCCAGCGCAUUUUUACCACCAAAUUAUCUGCUCAGAAUUGAUUCACAUGGAUGGUGACUGACAAGACACUUGUAAUUGGUCAGUAUGAUAAAUUAUUUACAGAGGAGAAGCCAACAAACUUAUUGCACAGGCGCAGACAGCUCAGAGGAAACCUCUUCUCUGACUACGGGUCUGAUGUAGCUUGUCACACAUUUGUCCUCUUCACACUACUUUUUUUUUUUUUUUUUUUCUGAAAACAGGGAAUUAUAGCAAAUGUCCAUACCUUAUCACUUGAUCCUGGCCCAUGUAGUCCUGCAUCCUGACUGAAAGAGCAUUGGAGCAUAUGUGGAAUCGAACUGCAAGCGGACAGAAACGCAAUGUGAACUAGGCCCUGCCCUGCAAAUCUCCCACUAUGUCUAGUAGCAAUGUAUGCGUAUAGACUUGAGUCAAGCACUGAGGAUCCCAUGCACCAGCGGCUAUGUACAGAGUAACACUAACGUUUAAAGAAGAAAAAGUUUCACACCUUUACGCAAGGACUCCUAUGGGUGUGCGUAGCGUUUACUGACAAAGAACUGCCUUACUUUCUUAACACUUAAGUUCAUACGACUUUGUGAUAUAGGUGUAACCAAUGUUAGACCUGAAAUAACACUUUGUAAUAAUAUUUGUACGCAGUAUUUUGAGCACUUAACUGUAAAUAUGUCAAAAUAAAAUGUUGGACACGA